AGUUUAGUUUAGGGCGGUUCUCGUAACGCCAGUGCGUUAAUGGAUCGUUGUAUAUUAUAAUAAAGAAAAUACUUAUUUUUCCACACACCACACAUACUAUGUCGCUGAACAAGGCAUUGUCGAGGGAAGACCUAUCGGACAGUCAGACACAGAAUCAGAUUCAGAGCCAGAAUCCGAAUCAGCCCAAAUCCACGACGAUCGUCAAGUAUGAAAAGUCCUCGUGUCUGUUCUGUAAUGAAUGGUUCGACGCCCAGACAUUCACAGAACAUCUGAUACACUGCGGCCAGGUGCUAGAGGAGUGCCCGAACAGCUGUCAAGUGUUCAUACCGCGCAUUCGCAUGCGCUCCCACCUGAAGGAGUGUCCCCGAUCCAAGAAUCUGAACAAUCAGCGGCUGAGCGUCAGCAUGGAUAGGCUGGAUCAGCAGCCCGAUCAUCGGCUGCAGGUCCUCGAGCAGGACAUCAGCACCAUACGCUCGGUGCUCAACGAGGAGAUACGCCAGCGAUUGCAUCUGAUCACCGAUGUGGGCAACAUACGCAAGCAGAACCAGGUGGUCGAGGACUGGACCCGAGGCACGGACGAGACCCUUGGGGGUCUGCGCCGCCAGCUGGAGGAGGACGCCUCUCAGCGGGCCUAUGCAGAGGAGCAGAAUCAAAUAGACUUUCAAUACUGUUGCAAUAUCACUCAGUCCUUGAAGGAACAAGUCGAGAUCAAAUUGGAUGAGGCGCAGAAGCUGGUGAACCAGCUGUCGAUCGAUGUGACCUUCCACCAGAACCAGCUGAACGACAACAUCCUCAAGCUCGAAGAACUGAUCUUUGAGAACGAAAGACUGAAUCGGGAUAAGUUCUUUCGGAUUGAGGAGUUCCUGCAGCAAAUCAAUGAGGAUAUUAAAACCAAACUGGGUAACAGCGACUAUGCCACCAAUAAGCAGGCGACCCUCGACUAUGAGGUAAAGAAUGUCAAAAAUAUUGUGUGCGAGACGGAAGAGCGCUGCGAUAAGCUGCAGAAUGUGGUGCAGGAUCUGGAUCGGUCCCUCCACCAGACCAUGCAGAACCUGUCCGAUCUGGAGAACCAAAUGGCCAUGCAACAGCGCAUCGCCAGUGUUCAGAAUAUAAGGGGUCAUCUGAUCUUUCGCAUCAAGGAUUACUCCAAGAAGCUGGACGAGGCCAAGCAGUACGACACCAUACUGCAUUCCGCCAUGUUCUCCAAUAAGGCAUUUGGCUAUGCUCUAAGGCUGGAUAUCUACUUGAACGGCAAGGGCACUUGGAAGGGUCGCAAUAUGAUUGCCUGCCUGAAUGUGCUAUCCGGAGAAUACGAUCCAUUGCUGGCCUGGCCCUGUCGCCUGCAAGCCGAGGUCGUGAUCCGUGAUCAGUGCUCGAAUCUGGUGGAGGCCCAGGACUACGUGAAGACGAUUUUUGUGCGCAAGAAGAGCGACGACUUCAUCCAGAGCAACCAGUACUUUCACAUACCCCACAAGGUCAUCACCAGUCGGAACUAUUUGCGCAACGAUUCCAUGUUCAUCGAAGUUCGGGUCAUGAAGUAAAAGGUAUUCCAUUUCGUUGUGUUACUCGAAAAAUCGUUAUCUUUUUUUGGCGGCUUUUCGCAAAUCGAUGAAGAGGGCUUUUGCCAAUCAAAAGAAGGCAUGUCACGGGCAAAUUGGACCACAUAUAGCAAAGAAAACAUUCCAAGUUUGAUUGCGCUUUAUUUCUUUUUGUUUUCAUUUGGAGAUCUGCUACAUGGCGUGUAGUUGUAGUGUAGACUAAAUGAGCGACACCUAUUGGUCAAUUAUGUUGUGCCUGUGCCACAGUGCAAUCUUACAUGUAUUCUAGACAUAGAAAUGUAGAAUCAUUUUUUUUAAAUGGAACUCUAGAAAUUUAAGAAAAUUCGCCAAAUGUGUUGAUUUAAUGUGUUAUUUUUUCAUUUUUUCGGUUGCCAAAACAAAUUGAAUACCAUUCUGGAAUCGGUGACCAUACUGGGGAUGGCUGGGGUUUGAAAAUAUACUAUCAAAAA